CGGAGCGGGCUGCCGCCGGGCGCCGAACCAUGCCGCUCCCGUGAGCGGCCGGCCGGCGGCACCUGCCUCGGUAGCUCUGCUCGCCUUCACUUUGCGUGUCUGUUCGUGGCUGAGUGCAAGCCGUCAUGUCGAAAGUGGCUCCGAAGAGGAGCCACUGGACUGGCCGGGUGCGCGAGUGCACCGUGAGGCGCGGACCGCAGGGCGAGCUGGGGCUGAGCGUGCUGGGGGGCGCGGAGCGCGGCGAGUUCCCGUACCUCGGGGCGGCCGAGCUGCCCGGCGGGGGCGCGGGCGAGCUGCUGCUGGAGGUGCAGGGCGUCCGCGUGUCCGGCUUGCCGCUCUACGACGUGCUGGGUGUCCUCGACAGCUGCCCAGAGGCCGUCACCUUCAAAGCCGUCAGACAAGGAGGAAAGCUCAACAAGGACCUGCGACAUUUUCUCGGCCAACGGUUUCAGAAAGGGUCUCCUGAUCAUGAACUGCAGCAGACCAUAAGGGACAACCUUUACCGCCGUGCUGUACCUUGCACGACCCGAUCUCCCAGAGAAGGAGAGGUGCCUGGGGUAGAUUACAGUUUCCUGACCGUGAAGGAGUUCUUGGACCUCGAGCAGAGUGGGGCUCUUCUGGAAGUUGGCACCUAUGAAGGAAACUAUUACGGGACACCCAAGCCUCCCAGCCAGCCAGUCAGGGGGAAGGUGAUCACAACCGAUGCCUUGCACAGUCUUCGGUCUGGCUCCAAGCAGUCGACCCCGAAGCGAACCAAGUCCUACAAUGAUAUGCAAAGUGCUGGCAUAGCCCAUGCAGAGAAUGAGGAGGAAGAGGAUGUUCCUGAAAUGAACAGUAGCUUCACAGCCGAUUCUGGUGACCAGGACGAGCACACUCUGCAGGAAGCAGCACUCUCAUCUGUGAAUAGUAGCAUCGCUGCUGCUCCCAACACGGACCCUUCUCAGAAGUUCCCUCAGUACCUACCUCUUUCUGCAGAGGAUAAUUUAGGUCCUCUACCUGAAAACUGGGAGAUGGCCUAUACGGAAAAUGGAGAAGUCUACUUUAUAGACCAUAACACAAAAACAACAUCUUGGUUAGACCCUCGGUGCCUGAGCAAGCAGCAGAAGCCUCUAGAAGAGUGUGAAGAUGAUGAAGAAGGGGUCCACACCGAGGAGCUGGACAGUGAACUAGAGCUGCCUGCUGGUUGGGAGAAGAUUGAAGACCCUGUCUACGGUGUCUACUAUGUAGACCACAUCAACAGGAAAACACAAUACGAGAACCCAGUUCUUGAAGCCAAACGAAAGAAGCAGCUAGAGCAGCAGCAGCAGCAACAGCAGCCGCCACCACCAGAAGGUUGGCCUCUUCCCCUGGGGACAUCUGCGCUAGGAAUGCUAGAGUGGACAGAAGAGCAUUCAUCCCUUGUGCCUCCUGUUAUUCCAACCCACCCCCCGAGCAAUCCGGAGCCGACCAGAGAUGCUCCACUUCAGGGCAAACCCUUUUUCACGCGAAACCCUUCCGAGCUGAAAGGCAAGUUCAUUCUCACAAAGCUUCGGAAAAGCAGUCGCGGCUUCGGCUUCACGGUGGUCGGCGGGGACGAGCCUGACGAGUUCCUCCAGAUCAAGAGCUUGGUCCUAGACGGUCCUGCUGCACUGGACGGCAAGAUGGAGACAGGGGAUGUGAUUGUCAGCGUGAACGACACCUGUGUUUUGGGCCACACGCAUGCCCAAGUUGUGAAAAUCUUUCAGUCCAUCCCCAUCGGUGCCAGCGUUGCCCUUGAGCUCUGCCGAGGCUACCCACUGCCUUUUGAUCCAGACGACCCCAACACGAGUUUAGUGACCUCGGUAGCCAUCUUGGACAAAGAACCCAUUAUUGUGAAUGGGCAGGAGGCCUGUGAUUCUCCAGCAAGCCACGGUAGUAAAGCUGGCAAGGUCAGCGGCGUGAAGGAGGCCAGGCCAGGCAGCCCGGCAGGCGUGGCUUCCAACGGCUCCCAGGGUUAUCCCAGCGACACGGUGUCUCUGGCUUCCUCCAUAGCCACUCAGCCGGAGCUCAUCACAGUUCACAUAGUCAAAGGGCCAAUGGGCUUCGGCUUCACCAUCGCGGACAGUCCUGGUGGCGGCGGGCAAAGGGUGAAGCAGAUCGUGGACAGUCCCAGGUGCCGAGGCCUGAAGGAGGGGGACCUCAUAGUGGAAGUUAACAAGAAGAACGUGCAGGCACUCACUCACAGCCAGGUUGUGGACCUGCUGAUUGAGUGUCCCAAGGGAAGUGAGGUCACAUUGCUGGUGCAACGAGGAGGGCUGCCUGUUCCCAAGAAGAGCCCCAAGUCGCAACCACUGGAGAGGAAAGACAGCCAGACCGGUUCUCAGCACAGUGUCUCCAGCCACCGGAAUCUGCACACGGCAUCCCCAAGCCACACCACGCAGGUGCUCCCUGAGUACCCGCCCACAGAGGCCCCCGCUGCUGAUCAGACCGACAACCCUGGGCAGAAAAAGCCGGAUCCUUUUAAAAUCUGGGCCCAGUCUAGGAGCAUGUAUGAGAACCGACUUCCAGAUCACCAAGAACAGGACAUCUUCCUCUGGAGGAAAGAGACUGGAUUCGGAUUUAGAAUUCUAGGUGGAAAUGAGCCAGGGGAGCCCAUUUAUAUUGGUCACAUCGUACCACUGGGUGCUGCUGAUGCGGACGGCCGCCUGCGGUCUGGCGACGAAUUAGUCUGUGUAGAUGGUACACCAGUAAUUGGAAAAUCACACCAGCUCGUGGUCCAGCUCAUGCAGCAAGCGGCCAAGCAAGGACACGUCAACCUCACAGUGCGGCGUAAAGUGGUGUUUGCUGCGCCCAAGCCCCCGGAGCCCGAGGUGCCGUCGCCCGCGUCCUCGCAGCACAGCGGCACACAGACGGCCUCGCUGGCCGAGGGCAAGCGCACGCCGCAGGGCAGCCAGAACUCGCUGAGCACCGUGAGCUCGGGCAGCGGCAGCACCAGCGGCAUCGGCAGCGGCGGCGGCGGUGGCGGCGGCGGCGUGGUGAGCACCGCCCUGCAGCCCUACGACGUGGAAAUCCGGCGCGGCGACAGCGAGGGCUUCGGUUUCGUCAUCGUGUCCUCGGUGAGCAGGCCCGAGGCGGGCACAGCCUUCGCAGGCAAUGCAUGUGUGGCUAUGCCUCACAAAAUAGGUCGGAUUAUUGAGGGGAGCCCUGCUGACCACUGCGGCAAGCUCAAAGUGGGAGACCGGAUCCUGGCAGUGAAUGGCUGUUCCAUCACCAACAAGUCCCACUCAGACAUUGUCAACCUAAUCAAGGAAGCAGGAAACACAGUGACGCUGCGCAUCAUUCCCGGGGACGAGUCCUCCAAUGCCACCUUGUUGACCAACGCGGAGAAGAUCGCCACCAUCACCAGCACACACAGUCCUGCUCAGCAGGGGCCCCAGGAGCCCAGGAAUACCACCAAACCAAAGCCAGAAUCUCAGUUUGAGUUCAAAGCAGCCCAGGCCACACAGGAGCAAGAUUUUUACACUGUGGAACUGGAAAGAGGAGCCAAGGGGUUUGGCUUUAGUCUUCGAGGAGGUCGAGAGUACAACAUGGACCUGUAUGUUCUGCGUUUGGCAGAGGACGGGCCUGCAGAAAGGUGUGGAAAGAUGAGGAUGCGGAAGUGGAUCCAGGAAGUUGAAGGACCUAAGCUGACAAGAGCUAAGAUUCAUGUUCACAGACUCCAAAGCCAGUACCUUUCCUCUUCGUGCUUCUGGAACAUACACUCCAUUGAGCAGCAGCAGUCUGGCCUGUUCUGUUCAUUCCCUCUUGUCCAGCGCCUACCGCAGUGGCUGAGCCAAUUGGUGAUGAAAUUCUAGAGAUCAAUGGUGAGACCACCAAAAACAUGAAGCAUUCUCGGGCCAUAGAACUGAUUAAGAGUGGUGGCCGCAGAGUUCGUCUGUUUCUCAGGCGGGGCGACGGCUCGGUCCCGGAAUAUGGUGGGUCAAACUUUGAAAACAUUCCUUCCUUCCCUGGCAUGACCCCGUGAAUUGUCUCCAGACGGCAGCAGAAAAGUCCUCUUGUUUCCCCUGAUCACCAGUGUCUUACCAGCCGCUCGCACCAUGUGAUUACUUGCCUCGCUUGUUCUGAAUCUCUACACAUUUCAUCCUUUUGCUUGCUCACGUGGACUGGGGCAUGGCCUAAAGGAGGCCCUGACAGCCCCUUUCUGAUAAUCAGAGAGAAGGAGUUGUCCAGUCCGACCAGGAGUGGAGGGAUGUUUGAACUGUGCCAAACUGUUUCUCAGACCAAUUGUUAGCACAAAUGACUAUAUACUCCUUUGAAGAAGCAGGAAAGCAGGUUUCCUGAGUGAUAUGUUGAGGCACAAUAUAUUCUUUUUCUUUUUUGGUUACUUGAUAUCUUUAUUUAAGAGGUGUGAAAUCUCAAGAUGAUUUGGGGCUUGCUCGCCCCUGUAUGCUCUGGAUACAGUGAUUCUCCAGCCCUUACCGGUCUCUUGCUGCAGUCAGACCACCUAAGCCCACUACUAUCAAACAGACAAACCAAAACUGCUGAUAUAUUAGCCAUAUAGAUUCCCAGUGCUCACCAUGAGGGAAACGUGUUACUAUACCUUUCCUAUGAGGGAAGCCAGGUUAUACAUAGAAUUCCUUUGUCAUCUCUUUAGGUAUGACUUGAGUAGACAGAUAUGAUCUUUACAUAGCUUAGUGUUCUGAUGGCAAUCUAUUGUAUAUUGUAAUAAUCAUGUCCUAUUAAGAUUCUUGUUUAAAAUAAAAAUGAAAAAAGGAAACUAUGCCCUAGAUAUAGGGCUUUUUUUUCCCCGACCAAAGGUCUACAAAAGUUUCUAUAGAAACUGUGAUUGAAUGGCCCCCAUAUACAUUGGUCCCCUUUAUUAGGGAUUUAUCUGUUAACACUCUCUUUUCUGAAAGUCAUUCUGCACAAUUCCCAGUUGCAUUUUAGACUUGAGUUGCUUAAUGCAGCUGCAGCUCAAGGAAAAUAGCUCCUUUGAAAGGCAGCCUUCCAGGUGUUAGACAUGGGUUCAGGUGCACAGGAUGAGGGUCCAGGAAAGGGGGGAGAGGGUCUCAGAUUAGAUGCUGCAGAUGUGGCCACCCAGGAACAAAAGCGACAGCGCGAGGCUGCCCACCUGCUCACUGUGCUCAGCUCCGACCGCCAGGUGUGCCGCUGCCCCUGAAAGUGUAACUAUGUCUCCCUGUGCUGUCUUCCCUACGCUUCUGUCGGACGUGAUGUUCCGUUUGAGUCUUCAUCAGUAACCUGUGCACCUUCUCCAAACCUGUGUCUGUUGCACUGAGGAUGAAAA